CUUCAAAGAUGCAAGUGAUCCUUUUGGGCCUGUGUUUUCUAAGUGUCAUCGGGGCAGUGCCACAAAAAGAAAAUAACAAAAACCGUGUUCCAGUUCACUACUUUGACAAGGGAAAAAAACAAGAGGUAUAUCCUAAAAGAAACGUUAUCCAAAAAAGUGACAAAUCCCAAGAUGUUUCUGCUGGCAAACAAACAGUGAUUAAAGAGCAAGGCACUGAUAGUAGCAAGAUUUCCCAUCAUGACCUGGAGGAUACCAUUUACGCUGAGUUCAUUGGAAAUGCCAAAACUGACCAUGGGGAGAGUGUUAUUAAGGAUCCACCUGACCAAAAAGCACAUGGUGUCAUUCUCAUUAACAAAAAUGGCAGAAAAUAUGCAAAUGCUCUAAGACGCUGGAUAGUGGAGGAAACUGAACAGAAUGAAACUGGGAAUUCCAUUCACAAUAAACUUAAGGAACUUAAGUAUUCUGAAGCCCAAGGCAAAGGAGAUGAAGACAUUGCUAUCCAAAACCAAAAUAUUUCAGAAGACCACAGAACUAUUAGUCAUGUCCAAUAUAUCAAUGAUCACUCAAAACUGACUCCAAAACACAUAAAGUUUCCAUAUGAUUUUGAAGGCAGUGGUCAAGGAAAAGAGGACAAUGACUUUUCUCCUUCCAGUAGAGAAAUAGUUGUUCCUGACACAGAAACCAUAAAUGGUUACACAAGUGUUCCACACCCAGACAAUAAUAAUGCCAUUGACCCCAACUCUAUACUUCUCAUAGGAAAAGAAGGCAAUAAUGAAGUUCCAGAAAAAGAGGUAUAUGACUUGAAUUCCAAUGGUAGAACAUCUACUGGAGACGUUGUUGGAACUGAUAGCAGGAAAACACCAAGAAAAGAGAACAGCAUCACUGAUAACAAAAUUGUAAGAGAGAGUAAUGCUAUUAGAGGAGGUACAAAUUACAGAGAACUUCCUGGAAAAGAAGGAGAAGCCAACACAAGCAAUACUUAUCAGGAGUCAGUAGGAAUUCAUCCCUCUCAAGGAUCCAUGCGAAAGCAAAACAUUGGCCAACAUGCUAGGGAAGGGAGUAAUGAUAUAAUUGAAGGCAAAGAAAUUUCUAAAUAUGGCAAAGAUAAUACUAAAGCAGGUAUAGAAAGUUCUAAGAGAGACCAAAAGACCAAAAAUGAUAAAGGAAAAAAAUUUGGUAAAGAAAAAAGUCAAGGUUUACCAAGUCCAUCUAAUGAUCACACCCACCCCUUAAAAGCAGAAAAUGAAAGAAAAAAUGAGGAAAAUGUCCACUAUGGCUACAAUAAAGAGAGAAGUAUCCCCAAACUCCCUAGUAAUAUCAGAAAAAAUCAUUAUGCAGCACACAGAAGGCUCAGUUCUACCAAGAGUCAUCGUGUACCUGGAAGGAAAAGAUUCUGGGGUCAUACAAAUUCCCAUUCCAAUAAGAAAUUUAAACCUCCUAAAAGAAAUGAUAGCAGUGAUUCAACUUCCAGUGACUCAAGUGACAGUGAUAGUGACCAAUCCACUGAAUAUUUUCAAAGUGGUAAUGGGAAAUAGUCACCAAUUAGUUUGGAGAGAUUAGAGCCAUCUAACCGUGAAGACAGUGAUUAAUUAUUUUAUUAGGACACUAGGUCUUCUCAGGGUUAUUUCCAAUACUAUAAUGUCAGAUAGUAAGGGAAUCUUUUCAAAGCUGGGUAUAAUUUGAUUUUAAUUUCUUUGAAGGAGAAAGCCUAAUAUAAAAUAGAAUGGCUUGAAUAGGUAAUAUUUUAUUUUAUCUUAUUGUUUGCCUGAGUCUUAUAAAAACCAGAAUGUUAAAAAAUCUAUUGUAAUUUACUAAAAUUAAAUACUUUAUAAGG